CUUCACUUUCCGGCUGUCAGUCCGACUUCCGGUCGGGGAGUUCUUCUUCUUCUUCUUCGUGGAGUUCACUUUUCAACGCGUCCAGCGGUCCCUUUCCUCGUAAACCCGGAAACGGACCGACCGAUACAAAAUGGAGGCGGAUCUAAGCGGCGUUCACUGGCUGUCGUAAAUCGCAGACUCCGCACUCGCAAGGUCGUAAUCGGAGCCCUGAGACGGAACUGCAGUAUUCGGAGCUGGUUUAACGGAUAGUACACGUGGUUAAAACAAAGUAUUCAGAUCUUGUAAAAGUAGCUGAAAUUACUCAUUACAAGUAAAUAUCGUGCAUUCAAAAAACAACAACAGUAAAUGUUCGUAUCAUGUUCUCUCCUGUGAGAACCACGUAUCUCUAAAAUAUCUCUCUUAUUCAAAAGGCCUUUUAAACAUUUUUAUUUGGCUUAAGAAGUUGUAAAGUUUUCUCAACACAAAGGAAACGUUUAUAUCAAACAUACGUGAAGUAAAAAGUACAACAUUUACCUCUGAAAGAGUAAAAAGUACUAUAUUUACCUCUGAAAUAGAGUAAAAGGUACAACAUUUACCUAGUAGUACUAUAGUUACAUAAAAUGUAAAUCAGUCAGGUGAUUAAUUUGAUUUAGUAUAAGAUAUUUACUUUCCUUAAGUCUUCCAGAUCAGUGGGUGGCGGUAAUGCACCCGAAAACGCCAUAAAAGAAGAAGAAGAAGAAGAAAGUCAGGUGAUUCUGUAGUGACGCAUGCGCAAAUACCCUCAGCGUUGCGAGGACACGCAUGCGCGCUGCAACCUCGGGCGCUUCCUGUCAAGAUGUCGCUGUCCACGGGAGCCGUGUUGUGGAGGACGUGCUCCAGGUUGUCGCCGAGACCCUCUGCGCUGGCCCCCGCUGCCGUCCGAGCACAGAGCUCCGGGGGCCGGGACCUGGCGCCCCGGACCUCCCUGUCCCGGCCCCCGUGGCCCGAGCGGAUGAGCCCGUUCUCGGAGGAAGAGGAGCGGAGCCGACACGCCGCGGUGGUGAGCGCCGUGAACCGGCGGAUCCACCGGCAGGACUUCGGCCGCCUGUUCGCCGUCGUGCACUUCGCCAGCCGCCAGUGGAAGGUCACCGGCGAGGACCUGAUCCUGAUCGAGAACCACAUCGAGGCCGGGUGCGGGGAGCGGAUCCGCAUGGAGAAGGUGCUGCUGGUGGGCGCGGAGGACUUCACCCUGAUGGGUCGGCCCCUGCUGGGGAAGGACCUGGUCCGGGUCGAGGCCACCGUGAUCGAGAAGACCGAGUCCUGGCCCAAAGUCCACAUGCAGUUCUGGAAGAGGCACCGGUUCCAGCGCAAGAGGAUCAUCGUCCAGCCGCAGACGGUGCUGAGGAUCAACGGCAUCGAGCUGGCCCCCAGACUCUGAGGAAGAGGAGGGUGAAGAGGGGACUGUUUCACACGGACUGGUUGUUAGUUCAUGUGCUUUAAUGCAACAAUGUGACACUUUGUAGUAAAUAAAGCUGUUGAUGUUAUUUAA